CGGGGCGGGGGGGGACGGGACGGGGAAGAAGGGACGGGGCCGCCCCGGGGCAGGGCCCACUGAGGCUUCCGGGGUGGUGGAGGCAUGGAGGAGGCCGGAGGGGGACGGGGGUUCUGUGCCAGCGAGCACCAGCACUGCCGCUACAACCCGCUGCGGGACGAGUGGGUGCUGGUGUCCGCACACCGCGUCAAGCGGCCCUGGCAGGGGCAGCUGGAGGAGCCCCCCGCCGAGGACGUGCCCCGAUGGGACCCCGCCAACCCCCUCUGCCCCGGGGCCACCCGAGCCAACGGCGAGGUGAACCCCCACUACGAGGGCACCUUCGUCUUCCCCAAUGACUUCCCCGCGCUGCAGCCCGAUGCCCCUGCACCCGGUGACAGCGACCACCCCCUGUUUCAAGCAGCGGCCGCCCGGGGUGUGUGCAAGGUGAUGUGCUUCCACCCCUGGUCCGACCUGACGCUGCCCCUCAUGUCGCUGGCAGAGAUCCGGGCCGUGAUCGAUGCCUGGGCAGAGCUGGCGGCCGAGCUGGGGGCCUCCUACCCCUGGGUGCAGAUCUUCGAGAACAAGGGAGCAAUGAUGGGCUGCUCCAACCCGCACCCGCACUGCCAGGUGUGGGCCAGCAGCUUCCUCCCCAACGAGGCGCGCCUGGAGGAGCGGACGCAGCAGCAGUACCGGGACCGGCACGGUGUGCCCAUGCUGCUGGAGUACGCCGAGCAGGAAGCUCGCCGCAAGGAGCGGCUGGUGGUGGAGAACGAGGACUGGCUGGUGGUGGUGCCCUACUGGGCCACCUGGCCCUUCCAGACCUUGCUGCUGCCCCGCCGACACGUCCUCCGCCUGCAGGACCUGCGUGACAGCGAGAGGGACAGCCUGGCCUCCAUCAUGCAGCGGCUGCUCAUCAAGUACGACAACCUCUUCCGAGUCUCCUUCCCCUACUCCAUGGGCUGGCACGGAGCCCCCACGGGCCCCCACCUGCAGGAGGACUGCGGGCACUGGCAGCUCCAUGCCCACUACUACCCGCCGCUGCUCCGCUCUGCCACCGUCCGCAAGUUCAUGGUGGGCUACGAGAUGCUGGCGCAGGCGCAGCGGGACCUCACCCCGGAGCAGGCUGCAGGGCGCCUGAGGAGCCUCCCCGAGGUGCACUACAAGCAGAGGCCCCAGGAGACAUCGUGAUGGGGAGGGGUGCGGGGUCUGAGGCCGGGGGGGAGAGCCCGGCUGGGGGUGGUGGGAGCUGAGACCGGUGAGCUCGUGUCACUUGCGAGCCCUCUGGUUUCCCUACUGAGGCUGGUUCUGAGUUUUGGCACUGCUGGGCACGGCUCGUGGGUGGCUUUUGCCUGUUUGGCUUCCCCAGUCCCAAUCCUGCGGCAUCCCUGCACAAGUGGUGCAGUUCCUGCUGCUUCCAAAGCGAAGGGCUCACCCUCCUCCCAGUCCAAUCUUACUGGUGGGACUGGGAAUGAUGCCGUGGGGCAUCUCCAAUAAAACCCAUGAGCAAAGUGCCUCUGCCUGUGCCCUGCUGGCUCCUGGCCCCGUGUGGGGUGUCGCAGGUGCUUUUUGGGGACUCACAGCUGUUGGGGGGGAUAAUGCUGGGGGCAGUGGGGGAAGUGCCUGCAGCCCUGUGCUGCUCGCUGCUGUCUCUGCAUUGCCUCCUCUUCCUCCCUGGGGGGAGCUCUGGGCCUGUUUGAGCGCUGCAGGCUGGGAGGAACGGGAAGCAGGAGGAGGUUGUGCUGCCCAGGGCGCAUCCACCUCGUAGGGCAGGGCUGAGGGCUGGCAAACUCACUGCAUGGAUGCUCCCCUGCAGCUGCCGAGCCAAGAGGCUGCUCCUCUUCCUCCUCCUCCUCCUCACCACCUGGGGCUGCAGCCCUCGUCCUACCCGCCUGGGUACCAGGGAUGCUGUGUGAGGGUGCAGCAAGGGGCUGGGGGGCUGGCUCGGUGUGGGGCAGCCUGGAGUGGGCUGGGGGAUGCUUCGGGCAGCUCCGUGCUCUCCGCUUGCCCCUGCAGCCCCUUGCCCUGGGUAAACCCCUGGGGCUGUGCAGGAGCAGGUCCUGUGAUGCCCCACAGCUGGUUUUGGGCUUUGCCCCAUGGGGUUGCUUGGUGCACGGGGCCGAGCACCAUCUGCCAUCGCAUCCUCGCACAGUUGUUUUUUUUUAAAUCAUCACCAAAGAGCCAUUCUCGUAACUCCCUAACGAAGCCCGUAUUGUGAAGGCUGAGAAUGCUCCCAUGGGGGCCAGAAAUCUUCCGUGAGCAGGGAGAUGUUCUCCUCCUCCGGAUGGAUUUGCUUCCUCCAAGGCAGCAGCUCAUGGGAAGGGACACGUCCCUGUCUGUGCUGAUGAUGUCCCCAUCCCAUCCCUGAUGUCCCCAUCCCAUGACACAUCCCCCCCGCUGACCCUCGGGUCCCCAGUGCCCUGUAAGUCCCUGUAGGGUUUCUGGGAGGAGGCGACUGGGGUAACCCCACGACCACCUUCAUCCCCUCUCCUCCUCCUCGCAACAAGUGCAUCCGCAGCCACCUCACACCUUCCCGACCCUUCCCUGGAAAAGUGGUGAUGGAUUCGUUUAUAUGUGGCAAUCCAGAUUGGGGUAAUUAGCCGCUGAACCGGUUGUAACGAAGCUCGUCAUCCCCCUGCACGCGCAGUUAGCUCUGAUUUAAUAGCCCACCGGCUCCCAGCCCGGGCCGCCGCGCGUCAGCCCGGGGCCGUAAAUGAAACUCGCAGUAAGUCAAGCGGUAUUAAACUUUACAGUUGCCGUCUUUAAAAAUGAGAUGCUUCCUCCAAUAAAUCAGAGCGAGUGGGAUUGUAAAUAUCAAGGCAGGAUCCGUACUGCUUAAUUAAACAGCACCUAAUGAACAGCC